AAACUUCGAUGAUGUUCUAUCAGCAGGAGCGUCCUGGACAUUUGCAUCUUAGCAAUCAACACCUUGAUCACCACAACCUCCAAUCUUUACCAAGUCCUGCUACUAAUCAUCAUCAUAACCAUCAUCAUCGUCAUCAUCACCAUCAAAUCGACCACCCUAAUAACAAUGCAUCCAAUAACAACAACAACGUGCCCUCGCCUCCAGUGGAAACCUUGUCAGCCGAUUCGACCAGCGGAUGCAGUAGCAGUAGCAGCAGCGGCGGCUCAAAGCGCACGACGAACGACAUGAUCAUCCAACAACAGACAAAACGCAAGUACCGACGACGUCCCAAACCAGACAAAAACGCUCCCAACAAGCCGCCCUCUGCCUACGUCAUGUUCUCGAACCAUAUCCGAGCAGAAAUGAAAGACCAGAGUAUGGGCUUUGCCGAAAUCUCAAAGACCAUCGGCGAGCAGUGGAAAACGCUGUCUCCAGAAAAGAAGCAUUUCUACGAGCUCACCGCCAUGCAAGCCAAGGACGCCUACUUGGUCGAGAUGCAACAGUACUGCCGCACACCUGAGUACCGGCAAUAUCAGGAGUAUCUCAAGAACUUCAAGGAGAAGCAAGCUGUCGCCAACCGACUGGUUUCACGAGCGAGACGACGCUCCUCGCCUUCGAAAAAGCCUGAUUCUCCCAGCAGGUACAUAAAAAAAGUUCUGUGUUUUUCAUUAAUCAUGUUGCCACCGUUGCCAUCCCCUCCGUUCCAUAUACCCACUGCCGUCUGAACCAUGGAUUCUGUUAGGACGUGCAAAAUAUACCCUGUUUCCUUUAAAGCUACUCGUUACUUUGUUCUAUUCUCUAAUUAAAAAAAACACGCUGUUUUUCGACCUUGUUCUUUUUUGUCUUUUUGUUUUGGGGACCCGUGUAUACAGUGGCGGCAGUAUAGCAGAUUUUAGUUCCAAUUCGACCGAACGUGACAGUGCCAUUCAGACUGCCACAGAUCAAGGCGAGAGCGGUAGUAACAGCAGCAUGAGUACUGGUAGUGGCAGCAGUGGCGGUGGUGGCAGCAGUGGCGGUGGUGGCAGCA